AGUUCUUCAAUCAAGCAUCAAUGCUGCAGUAACACCGUCACCUUACAAUGCAUUUUACGUCUUUGCUGGCGAUCAUAUUCACAUCAUUGAACCAGAAAGCAGAACACUUGUUGGUACAAUAACAAAUACAACAACACCAGGACUUUGUGUGAAAGGAGGGAGUAGCAACGCGUGUAGAUUCACUGAUGCCAGAGUCAUCAACGGACAAAUGUAUGGCUCAGAUUAUUAUGGAAAUGCAAUAAAAAUCAUCGAUUUGAAAACACAAAAAGUCAUAGAAAGGAUUCCAACGGAUACAACCCCAGAUACAUGUAUGAUGUACACUGGUACAAUGAAAUCUGGGUACACUCGUGGACUCUCGCUACAUUUGCCGUCGUCAAGACGGACAAGCGCAUUCUUACCCACAAAGCUGUACGAGCUCACACUACUCCAGGAUUCACCCACGGUGAUAUGUUGGCAGAUGAAAAGUUGUGGGAAGGUCAAUAUGGCUACGUCUCUCAUUUCAGAAACGAUGGAAUACAUAAAGUGAAUUUGGUAGACAAAUCAUAUGCAGGAUACGUGAAUCUUUCAGCAUACAACUGUACAGGCACUUGGAGAAUGGGUUACUCUACUUAUAAUCAGCGUGUUUACGUCGACUGCAGACAGAAUCGCCGCGAGAUGAGAACACUUGAAAUGGACCCUACAACUGACAGAGUAACCCGAGUCUUCCAAUUUCCAGGAAAUCCCCACGUUUCUCCAAAUGGUCGUUUCAUAGUUUCGGUAUACAAUCGUAACGGCGUCAGUACAUCAACAUACUCGCUCUGUCUGGAUCGGACGCAACGCAUUACCCUCAACUUUCGUUCAACGAGGAAGGCGCGUCCGAUGUAGUUUUUUACCCAAAGCGUUCAAAUCCCGAUUCCUAUUACGUAUUUGUCGCACUUGGAAACACAAACACGAUGGCCGUCAUUGAUUUGGAUUUAGCUUCAGUAAAAGACAACAACGCUGUGAAAUACAUCAAUGACGUUGACUCAGUUCAACCAAGUCGUUGGGGUGCUUCGCGAUAUUUAUUUAUAAAUGGAAAAUGGAUCAUUUCGGUGGCGUCAAAAUCGAAGACUGCCGUCAUCGUUGAUGCCGACACCCAUAAGGUUCAUGCUAAAAUUCCAAACGUUAACUCCGGAAGAUUGGCGAUCUGGGUAGACGAUCCUAAUUCUGGGACAAGUGGACCUAAGUCCUUCGUGGUGAUGAUUUGGCUUUGUCUGUCAUUGAAAUUUUUCUUUUAAAGUGUGAAACUUUUUCCAUUGCAAAUUACAUUACCUUUUGUCGUCACAUCUUCACUUUUUCAAUGAAGCACAGCUUCGAUUUUUUACACAAUUGCUAUUUAUAAAAAACGAUUUUUAGAUUUGCCUCAGCGACAAAGUCUUUUACCACUAAACUUUAUGUAACUCUUCGCUUGGUGUCGGCAUAUAAAUUUCAUUUCAUUGUUCAACAUUGAGACCAAGCCGACCCAAACUUUUACUCUUAAAAUGUAAAUUUUUCAAAGAAAUUAUAAUUCAUUUCUUUAGAAAAUUA